GUGUUUGUUUCUGAUUCAGGCAGCCCUCCACUUAAUGCUUCAACUACUGUUGCUGUUCAUUUGUUAGAUAUUAAUGAUUGUCCACCUGAGUUUGAAAUGACUUCAUAUAACUUUACUAUUAUCGAGGAUUUCGGACGAAACUUCUCUGGACCUCGAAUUGUCGGGCGUGUAUUGGCUACAGAUAAUGAUCUUGGUAUCAAUGGAACCGUCAAUUAUAGGAUAUUGAGUAUAAAUCAUCCGUUUGAGGUUGGUGAUUCAAAAUAA